AUGGCCGCUUGGGUUGAUAAAUUGAAUGAUGCAGUAGCUCAAUCUUUUGUUGGAAGACAUUUCCAAUUGGAAGGCUCUGGCCAUCGAAGAGAGAGAAAAAACACAAAAUUCACAACUGAACUUCGUGCUGGUUUGACCAUCUUCUUUGCCAUGGCUUAUAUUAUUUCUGUCAAUGCUUCCAUCAUUUCAGAGAGUGGAGGCCCUUGUGUUUGUGAAGGCACUGCUGCUGACCCCGUCUGUGAUAAUGAUGCCGCUUACAUGUCAUGUGUGUAUGAAGUCAAGCUUGAUUUGAUCAUGGCUACUUCUAUUUGUGCCAUGAUUUCAAGUGUGCUCAUCGGCGUCUUUGCUAAUCUUCCUCUCGGUAUGGCCCCUGGUAUGGGUUUGAAUGCUUACUUUACUUACACAAUCGUUGGUUACCACGGCUCUGGUAACGUUUCUUACGAAACCGCCUUGGCUGCAGUCUUUGUCGAAGGUAUCGUCUUCUUUGUGCUAUCGCUGUUUGGUGUGCGACAGUGGUUUGCUCGUAUCAUUCCUAUGAGUAUCAAGGUGGCUAUGGGUUGUGGUAUCGGUCUUUACCUCUGCUUCAUUGGUCUCCAGUCAUCUGCAGGUAUCGGUUUGGUAGGAUUGGAUCUCUCGACAUUAGUCACUUUGGGUGGAUGUCCUGCCGAUCUCAAGGAUGCAAACGGUGUAUGUACUGCUGGGCACAUGACAUCGCCCACCAUGUAUAUGGGCCUCUUGGGUUUGAUCGUCAUGUCCUUGUUAUUGAUGUACCGUGUUCGUGGUGCUAUUCUGAUCGCUAUCAUUGCUAUUGCUAUUACAUCUUGGCCUCGCAACAGCCCCAUCACCUACUUUCCCCACACACCUGCUGGUGACGAGAUGUUCAACUACUUUAAAAGGGUCGUCACUGUCAGCAAUCUGAAGCAUGUGCUAGGUAGAUUUGAUUUCAACUUUAGCAACAAGGAGAUUUGGAUUGCAUUGAUUACUUUUCUCUAUGUCGAUAUUUUGGAUACGACUGGUACCAUGUAUUCCAUGGCACGCUAUGGUGGAUUCACUGACAAGUCUGGCGAUUUUGAACACUCUACCCGUGCUUUCUUGACUGACGCCACUUGUGUCUCCAUUGGUGCUUGUUUUGGUACCUCUUCAUGCACAACUUUUGUCGAGUCUGGUGCUGGUAUUGCAGAGGGCGGACGUACUGGUCUUACUGCCAUCACUGUUGCCUUUGGCUUUUUUAUCAGUAUCUUCUUUUCUCCCAUUUUUGCAAGUUUCCCUCCAUGGUCCACUGGUCCUGCAUUGAUCUUGGUUGGCUCCAUGAUGACAUCCAGUGCCCGUAACAUCAAUUGGGAUUACCCUGGUGAUGCAAUUCCAUCCUUCAUCACCAUGGCUGUCAUGCCCUUCACUUACUCUAUCGCUUAUGGUGUUAUUGGUGGUAUCUUUGCUUACAUUAUCAUCAAUGGCUUUGUCUUGAUUGUUGAUAAGCUCUCUCGUGGACGUAUUCAUCCUGACUAUUCUCAACGUGAAAACUGGUGGACAGCUGUGUUUGCUCGUUCCUUCUUGCCCCUGUGGAUUCGUUUUAUUGUUGCGAAAUGCCGCGGAGAAAAAGACUUUGAUUGGCAUCAAGAUGAAUUUGAGUUGGAUGAUGAAGAUGAUAUCCCACCAAAUCAGCCACCUCAUGAAUCCGAAAGCAACAGCCCUACUGUUGUGGUCAACGGCUCCCUUCAUGAGACCGCUUCUCAAGCAGCUUUAGAGACAAUGGAUUCGUUAGGCCGAGAAAAACGCUAA